UACUGAUUUUCUUUUCUUUUGGCUACUAGUUUCAGGCUCUCUCAGCAACCAAACACUCAACUUUCUCGCCCAGCGAGAAAAUUUUCAGCUCACAGAUCCACAACUCAACUCUCUGCUUCCUCCCGUUAGUUUCCCCCCAAGAAAGCUGCAAUCUUGCUCAAUAAUAUAUUAGAUUACGCUUUCUCUUUUUCAUGGUCUCUGCUCAGAGCUCAACUCUGUAGACUGUCGUCAAAAGAAUUUCUUGCUCUUUCUCUUUCCCGUUUCCCAAUCCCAACCCAAGCAUCGAUUUCCCCAAAAUUUCCCUUUUUCUUCCCCGAAUUCCACGGUCUAUGUUCUUGCUUAGAUUGCACACAUGCCGGAGAAAUCAGGACUGAAUUCUCCGAGGUCCUCCUCCAAGGCCUUCGCAUGGCUUUUCCGCCCCAGCCCUCUGCAUCAAUGGCGGUUCCACUUCCUGACCGCCAUGGUCUUCGUGAGCAUGGUGGUUGUUUGGAGCAUCGACGGCUGUACUAUUAAGAGCUUCGUCGAAUCUUUGAGAUCCACCAAGCCACAGCUCAUCACAGCCGCAAAGUUUCGUCCCCAACCCACCGCGAGUCUAGCUCAAGAAAAUCCCCACCGGGAAAAUUUCACCACCGCCGACGCCGAUUUCACGCUCCGCAACGAGACCGCCAUUUUCGCCUCCUCCUCAGCCGCAGCUGAUGCUCCUGCGAGUCCGAUUCUUCCUCUGGGCCGCGACGUGCUCAACGGCAGCAGCAAUGCCUCCGCCGCGAGCUCGCAGGAAGAUGGGUUGUUAGUACAGAUGCCGGUGCGAAUGGAAGAAGAGUCGAGCGGCGGCGAUGCGGAGUGGGUGACGGCGGAGCUUGAGGCUAAUUUCACUUCCGGGCUUCUCUCCCGGUGGCUGGCUCCCGGCGGGGAGGCAUGCAAAGAUUCACACACCGAGGAAAUCGCGAUUCCAGAUCUGGACGGGAAGAAGGGUAUUCUGGAGCUUACCGCCGGACAUUCACACGAGUUAAUUUUCCAGGCGGUGGACGAGUCCAAGAACCCUCGUUGCUCCGGCGGGGAUUACUUCGAAUCGGAUCUUUCAGGUCAGACAUGGAAAUCUCGGCCUCUAGUCAAAGAUUUCGGGAACGGGAAUUACUCAAUUACCCUCCAAGUUCACCCCGAUUUCGCCGGAGAUUACGACCUCACUCUCAUCCUCCUCUACCGCCAUUUCGAGGGUCUAAAAUUCUCGCCGGGCAGAUUCGCCAUCGACAAAGAGCUCCGCAAGCUCCGAGUCAGAUUCACCGCCACAGGUAACAUCCAAUUACCGCAGUUAAAAGCUUGCUCGAACUCCGAUUUCAGUAGAGAUUUAUGGGUUGGGAGAUGGACUCGGCAUGGUAAAAACGACGAUUGCAAGAUUAGUUACGACGGCCGGUACCGUUGUUUGCCCUCCGAUUUCCCCUGCCGGAAUCCUUGGUGUAGAGGUUCAUUGGGGGAAUUGGAAAGCAACGGCUGGGUUUACUCCACACACUGCUCUUUCAACCUCUACCAGCCCGAUUCGGGCUGGAAUUGCCUCAAGAACAGGUGGAUUUUCUUCUGGGGCGAUUCCAAUCAUGUGGACACAAUCAGGAACUUGCUCAACUUCGUGUUGAAUCUGCCCGAUGUGAAAUCCGUCCCACGAAGAUUCGAUCGGAACUUCACCAACCCCAACGACGCGUCUCAAUCGGUUCGUAUCACCAGCAUUUUCAACGGGCAUUGGAACGAGACACAGAACUACCAGGGUCUGAAUUCGUUGCGAAAUGAUGGGUUUAGGGACCUGCUGAAGAAGUACUUCACUGAAGAUACUGUGCCCGACACCGUGAUCAUGAACUCUGGACUCCACGACGGGAUAUACUGGCCAAACUUGAGGCAAUUCGCCGGAGGAGCUGACUAUGCUGCUCGGUUCUGGGGCGAGGUGAUGGAUUCGGUGAGGCGGAGAGGGCUGGCUGCUCCGCGGGUCAUUUACAGGACGACGGUGACCACUGCUGGGGACGCGAGGAAGAUGGCGUUUAAUCCGAGCAAGAUGGAGGCGUUCAAUUGGGUGGUGCUGGACAAGUUCAGGAGGGCCGGGGUGAUGGACGGUGUGGUGGAUGACUUCGACAUGACGUUCCCUUGGCAUUUCGAUCACCGGUGCAGCGACGGAGUGCAUUACGGGAGAGCUCCGUUGAGAAUGAAGUGGAAGGACGGCGAGAUUGGACACCAGUACUUUGUGGACAUAAUGCUGGCUCAUGUGUUGCUCAAUGUCCUAUGUGCGAGAUGAGAAAUGACAGUGGUGUACAUAAGUUCAUGUAGACCGAAUUGCAGGCAUUCUGCAGCUCCUCCUCAGGAGAGGGGCAUUCUUUUUGUUGGUUGGGUUGAUGCUAGAGUUACAGAACUCUGUAUGCAUUCUUUCUCCUCUUGUUCUUAGCUUGUAGUAUAUAAUACAAGAUGUUUAGAAGGGUGGUCUACACUUGCAGAUUUUUUUUUCUUCGUUGAAUCAAUUGCUUUUAUUCCA